CUCGGCCGGCGCCUUCUGCGGCCCGGGGCUCGCUAAACUUUGGGAGAGGGCAAGGAGAAGGGACGGGAGGACAGGCAGGAGGGAAGAGAAACAAAUGGGGCUUUUUCUAAUCUGUGCUGAUCAAGGAAAACCUGUAGGGGUCCUUAAGGAGGUUUCAAGGCGUUCCAAGUGAUUGGAAAGUAAUCACCGUGUCAACUUCACCUUUCUUAUGCAAAGUGGAUGUCGUAUGCGAGGCGGAUCCUGUACGGGGUUGUUUUUUAUGUUUUGUUUUUUUUCUUUCCUAUUUUAUUUCCAUCCUUGGACUCAGCUGCCCCUAAGCCCCAGCUGCUCGGGCCGCGGGAGCUCCUGCUAAGGCGAGGAGCGGAGCGGGCAGCGCUUACACACACGGGCCGGCCUAUUGCAAACCCAGAGAAGAGGGCGGCGAGAACGGGAAGGGGGGGUGGGAUUUAGGCCCCCCUCUGCAGUGGCUUAGAUAUUUCCUCCUCCUCCUUUAUUCUGCGCUCGGAUAAACCAAUCCCCACCUCUCGGCAAGAAAGUCCGGAGCAGUGAUCCGCUCUAGGGAAAGGAAAAUCCCCGGAGGAUCCCCUCUGGACCGAAACGCCGCCCGGGACGUAUUCAGUUUUGAAGCAGCGGUCGCUCGGUUCUGCCCAGACCCGAACUGCUCCGGCAUCGCUCUGCCCGUGCUCCGAGGACGCAGCGGCGAGAGGAGGAAGGGUGGUGGAAGGAUGGAUCGUAAAAGUGAAAGCCCAGGGAACAGAAAGUUGCCGGGCUCCCCGCAGUAAGUGCUGCGCAUCUGUGAACUGCGGGUACUUUCUCUUUCCCCGGCUCUUUGGGAAGUUGCCCUCCCGCCUCCCUCACUGCUUGGCCCGGGCUAUGGUGACCUGCGCGCCGCCGCCGCCCGCCUCCGAGCCCCCGCGGGCGGGCCGGGCCCGGUACCGGUGCCGCCCCGGGCAGCAGCCGCUCAAGUGACUCCGCCGCCGGGAGCCGAGCUCCGGCCGCACGCUUGGGGUCCGCGCCGCUGCGGCUGCCGCAAUGGGGCCGGCGGCGAGGACCGUCCUGCAGCCCCUGCUGGUGCUCUGCGGGCUGAGCGGCCUCUGCGCGGGGAUAAGCUCCAUAGACAUUGACCGCCCCGGUGACGGAAGGUGCCAGCCGAUAGAAAUCCCCAUGUGCAAGGAUAUAGGGUACAACAUGACAAGGAUGCCUAACCUGAUGGGACACGAAAACCAAAGGGAAGCUGCUAUUCAGCUGCACGAGUUUGCCCCCUUGGUGGAGUACGGUUGCCACAGCCAUCUGAAAUUUUUUCUGUGCUCCCUCUAUGCCCCUAUGUGCACAGAGCAGGUUUCUACACCGAUCCCAGCCUGCAGGGUUAUGUGCGAGCAGGCCAGGCUGAAAUGCUCUCCUAUUAUGGAGCAGUUCAAUUUCAAAUGGCCAGACUCCUUAGACUGCAGCAAACUGCCCAACAAGAAUGACCCCAAUUACCUUUGCAUGGAAGCCCCCAACAACGGGUCAGAUGAGCCACCGAGAGGAUCUAGCAUGCUGCCACCAAUGUUUCGGCCGCAGCGUCCCAGCAGUGGCCACGAUCUGCAGCAGCAUAAGGACAGUCUGAGCAGAACCUCCUGUGAAAAUCCUGGCAAGUUCCACCAUGUGGAAAAGAGUGCUUCCUGCGCACCUCUCUGCACGCCAGGGGUUGAUGUUUACUGGAGCAAGGAUGACAAAAAAUUUGCUGUCAUUUGGAUUGCCAUCUGGUCCAUUCUGUGCUUCUUCUCCAGUGCUUUUACUGUACUCACUUUUCUGAUAGAUCCUCAGCGUUUCAAGUACCCCGAGAGGCCCAUCAUCUUCCUCUCCAUGUGCUACUGCGUCUAUUCAGUGGGGUACAUUAUUCGCCUCUUUUCAGGUGCUGAAAAUAUCGCCUGUGAUAGGGACAAUGGCCAACUCUAUGUCAUCCAGGAAGGACUGGAGAGCACUGGCUGCACCAUUGUGUUCCUGGUUCUGUAUUAUUUUGGUAUGGCAAGUUCCUUGUGGUGGGUAAUCUUGACUUUAACUUGGUUUCUAGCAGCUGGGAAAAAAUGGGGGCACGAAGCGAUUGAAGCAAACAGUAGCUACUUCCAUUUGGCAGCAUGGGCCAUUCCGGCUGUGAAGACCAUCAUGAUCCUAGUUAUGAGAAGGGUGGCCGGAGAUGAGCUGACAGGGUUGUGCUAUGUUGGAAGCAUGGAUGUGAAUGCCUUGACAGGGUUUGUGCUCAUUCCUUUGGCUUGUUAUCUAAUCAUUGGCACUUCUUUUAUUCUCUCUGGUUUUGUGGCCCUUUUUCAUAUUAGGAGGGUGAUGAAAACAGGUGGAGAAAAUACUGACAAGUUGGAGAAACUUAUGGUCAGGAUUGGUGUCUUCUCAGUCUUAUAUACAGUGCCUGCAACUUGUGUGAUAGCUUGCUACUUUUAUGAAAGACUUAAUAUGGAUUAUUGGAAAAUUGUGGCAACUCAGCAGAAAUGCAAGAUGAACAACCAGACAAAAAAUUUAGACUGUAUGAUGAAUAACUCUAUUCCAGCAGUAGAAAUCUUUAUGGUCAAGAUUUUUAUGUUGUUAGUGGUGGGCAUUACUAGCGGGAUGUGGAUCUGGACUUCCAAGACCCUUCAGUCCUGGCAAAAUGUUUGUAGUCAAAGAUUAAAGAAGAGGAGCAGGAGAAAACCUGCGAGUGUUAUCACAAAUAGCGGCAUCUACAAAAAACCUCAACAUCCACAGAAAACUCACCUCGCAAAAUACGAAUCGACAUUACAACCACCUACUUGUGUGUGACCAGGUUUUAGAAAAGACUUUAUCUCACCUGGCAGACUUAUAAAUGCCCACAGUAGCAGCCAGAAACUAAACAAGUAAAUGGUGCUUUUUUUUCUCUCUCUCUCUCUCAGAACAGUUUAAUAUCUCAAGGCAAAAAAUGUAUCACGCUGAAUUCAGGACCUGGUGAGAAGCUGAAGGUAAAUGUACUCAUGGAAAGGUUUUCAGUGAAAGGAAUAUUGUGUAUUAAACCAGUCUCUUCUGUUAAUAAUCUGUAGUUAAGUACUUCAUCCAGCCCUCAGAUUUAUUUAAAAGAGAUGAAAACACCCUAUUUAACUUUUUCAUGUAGCUGAGCUGGAUUUCCUACAGGUUUCUGAGUAACAAGCUAUAGUCGGGUUUUCUGGAGCAAUGAUUUGGUUUUGAAAGUGCCCAGUGAGCAUUGUCUCUGCAGGGAAACUAAGGUCCCGAAGAGGCCUGUCCUCAGUGAGUGUGCUAUCCGGGAGAGCAACUCUGUGCUAACUUAGAGAAAGAGAGAAAUCCUUUACAGCUCAUCUCAGCCUAGUGAGUUUCGAGUGCCUAAAAAUAGGUUCAAUCUAUAAUGCUCACCAAUAUUCUUUCACUAAAAGAGAAACUUCCUGCACCAGACACAAACUUGUGAAUAAGAAUAAUGUGCAAUACAUUUUUUUCUUACUAUGACAUGAAAAGAGAAACAAGUAUUUUGCUGUACAUAAAGACAACAAAAGAAAUCUCUUAACAAAAGAACUAAGAGGUCUAGUCCUCAGAAACCCUUUAGUGUUACAUUUUGUGUCUUUUUAAUGGAAAUCAAGCCAAUGUUAUACACGUUGGGACUGAUUUGUGCAAAAAAAAAAAAAUGGGGGGAUCAAUUCAAAGAGACCCAAAGAGCUUAUUGACUCUUUCUAUUGUUAAACAAAUUCUCACUAUGAAUAGAUCAAGAAGCACUAGAUUCUGCAAAGGGAAGCUUUGUAUAGAGUGAUGCUCUUUACUGUGCUGGGGUGCACAGUGUGUGCUGUAUAUAUUUGUAAUAUACAAUUAUUUUUCAUGCUCCACUAUUUUAUUAAAAAUAAAAUAUGUUCUUUAGUUUGAUAA